AAAAUAAAAUUGAAAAGGACUCUCUAUAGUUUGAAAAUUUUCAAAUAUAUUGCUGAAGUUACCAAAGUUCAAAUAUCAACACUCUGAAAGCCUCCUUGAUAGUAGAAAAUGAAAUAUGGACAAUGAAGCCCCAAGAAGAUAAUAGGCCCUAAUGUGUAGCAAACAGUUGCAAAACCUUCUUGUGUCCCUCAAAAGUGCCACAACUUAUAAUGCUAAAAUUAUUGACCAAGCUCUUACCCAAUCCAUCACCAAUGGCAUCUUCCAUGCCACACCAACAUGGAAUUGCAUCCUUAGAGUCUACUCUAAAAGCCCCACACCUAUCAAAGCCAUUCUCAUUUACAAUCACUACUUCAGUAGAAAAAGCUCAAUCCACCCAGAUAACUAUACUUACCCACCUCUACUCAAAGCUUGUUUGGGUGUAUUUUCUCUUCCUAAAGGUCAGGAAUUACAUGCCCAUCUCACAAAAAUUGGUCUGGACUCUGAUAUUUAUGUGCAAAAUGAUCUUAUCCAUUUUUAUGGCUGCAUGAAUUAUUUGACUUCAGCACGUGCUUUGUUCGACGAAAUGCCUCAGAGAGUUAUAGUCAGCUGGAACACGCUUCUGAGUAUUUAUAAUGACAGUUGUGAAUCUAUUGUGGAGGUGUUGGUAUUGUUUAAAAGAUUGAUUUGUGAAGAAAUUAAAGCUGAUAGGAUCACUUUGGUGAUUCUGUUGUCAGCUUGUGCACAAGUGGGGAGGCUAGAUUUUGGAAGAGCUGUGCAUUGCUAUGCAACAAAAGUAGGCCUUGAAUGUAUGUUGGGUUUGGAGAAUGCGCUAUUGGGAAUGUACUUAAAGUGUAGAGAGAAGAGUGCAGCUUUAAGAGUGUUUGAUGAAAUGGAUUCCAGGAGAGAUGUGGUUUCACAUACGAUUUUAUUCAAGGGUUGUGCUGAAAUGGGAAUGGUAGAACUGGCUCGCAAAAUCUUUGACAUGAUUGUUGUUAAAGACAUUGUUACAUGGAGUCUGAUGAUGCAUGUGUACGUUAAAGCAAAACUGCCAAAGGAUGUUUUAAAGCUUUUUGAAAAAAUGGUUGAUGAUGGAGUGAUACCAGAUGAAAACACAAUGGUCAGUGUGCUUUCAGCUUGUGCUAGUUUAUCAAACCUCCAAUGCGGAAGGCUACUGCACAGGUUUAUUUACCAAAAAAAUAUAAAGCAAGAUGUUAUUUUGAAGACAGCUCUUAUUGAUAUGUAUUCUAAAUGUGGAUGUCUAGAGGAUGCCUUGGUUAUAUUUUACAAAAUGGGUUGCAAAGAUGUUUUCACCUGGACAAUAAUGAUUGAGGGUUUAGCCAAUUAUGGUUUCGGAAAUGAAGCUCUGAGAGUUUUUAAUCAGAUGGAAAGACAAGGAAUUAGGCCAAACGAAGCCACAUAUGUUUCUGUGUUAGCAGCAUGUAGUCAUUCUGGGUUAGUUACUGAAGGCUGCAAGUUGUUCAGAAGGAUGGUAAUAGUUGACCAAAUUCAACCGAAGAAUGAGCACUUUGGUUGUCUGAUUGAUUUGUUUAGUCGAGCAGGGCUCUUGCAUCAGGCUGAGGAGUUCAUUGAAACCAUGAGAGCUGAGGAUAAGCUUAUAGCUUAUAAAACUCUAUUAAGUGCUUGCAUUAGGUAUUCAGAAUUUGAUGUUGGAGAAAAGGCGGCAUAUAAAAUGAUGAAACUGGGUCUCCAGAGCCAUGCUACUCAUAUCCUAUUAUCAAAUUUCUAUGCCCAGGCAGGUCAGUGGGCUGAAGUUGCAGAGGCAAGAAGGAAUAUGAAAGAGUUUGAUGUGAGAAAAAUGCCCGGCAACAGUACUUUAGAACUGAAACAAUAUUUGUAAGCAAUAUAAUGAAGAAGAAUCGAAUUGCUUCUGCAAAUUGCUGUAAAUAUCUGUCAUAUUGAUUCACAAAAUGAAAUAAAACAAAGUUCUAUAAUA